AUGAUGAUGCAUCAUUUCUUCCUUCUGCCAUUGCUAUUUCUCUCAGCUUUCUUGGCUGUGGAGAGCAUAAGCCCAAGUGAAAGAAAGCCAAGGAAAGCCAAACUCCCCAAAAUAAGAAAGGAGAAUAGCGUACUCUUGCUGAAAAAGAGCAACUUUGACAGAGCAUUGAAGGAAACAAAGUACCUGCUGGUGGAGUUCUAUGUUCCUUUAUCUCAAGCAUCUCAGAAUGCGUCAAAAGAAUUUGCUGAGGCUGCACGGCUCCUUAAGAAAGAAGCUCCAAGAAUCCAGUUUGGCAAAAUAGACGUCACAGAUCAACAUGACCUGAGAAAAGAAUUUAAUAUUCAAGAGUUUCCGACUGUGAAAUUUUUUGUGGAUGGCAUCAGGGAGGCUCCUAUAGACUGCAAAGGAGUCAGACAGGCCUCAGCUUUUAUCACAUGGAUCAAAAGACAAACAGGACCCAGCACGGUUUUAAUCAACUCCACCCAUCAGGUCGAAGCCAUCAUAAAUGCUGAUGAUUUGGCAGUGAUUGGCUUUUUUAAGGAACUUCAUGGUGACAGUGUGGAAGUUUUCCGUGAGACUGCAAAAGAUGUGCCAGAGAUGCCUUUUGGGAUGACAAGCAGCGAGGACAUCCGUGCCCAUUAUGGCAUCCAACUGAAUGCUCUUGUUGUGUUUAAGAAGGGAAAACCUGUGCAUAAUGAAGUGCUUGGAGAUGGCAGGAGGAACAAACUGGACCUCACAAGGAUAAUCAAAACCUUUACCUUGGAUUUGGUCACUGAAUAUAAUCUUGAGACAUCUGUGAAGAUUUUUGAUGUCCCUGUUGAAAACCACAUCCUGCUGUUCAUCCCAACGAGCUCAAAGACAUUCAACACUACUUAUGAAAACUACAAGUCUGCUGCUGCAGAGUUUAGAGGGAAGAUAAUGUUUGUGUUGGUGAAUACUAAUGAAACAAGAAAUGGACGCAUCUUUGAGUAUUUUCGCAUCAGGGAAGUUGAUGUUCCUGCUGUAAGAAUCCUGAAUCUGACAAGCCAAGAGAAGUACAAAAUGCCGGCAGAUGAGGUGACUGUGGAGAACAUAAGACAAUUUUGCCAGAGCUACCUGGAUGGAAAAGCAAAGUUACAUCUCUCUAGUGAAGAAGUUGCUGAAGACUGGGACAAGAUGCCUGUCAAAGUGCUCGUCGGGAAGAAUUUCAACAGGAUUGUCUUCAACAGGACCACGACCGUGUUUGUCAUGUUUUAUGCCCCUUGGUCCUAUGAAUGCAGAAAACUUCUGCCAAUCUGGGAUGAGCUAGGAGAGAAAUAUCAAAGCCACGAGGAUGUAAUCAUUGCGAAGAUAGACAUCACAGCAAAUGAUGUCCUGUCAGUUGAGAUGGACCGCUACCCCUUCUUCAGACUCUUUCCUGCUGGACCCAAUAUCCAGGAGGUGCCCUAUGCUGGGGAGCACAACUUGGAGGCAUUUUCUGAAUUCUUAGAAGAACAAAUGAAGAUGAAAGCAGAAACAAGAGAAAAGGGUCCUUCGAGAGGAAUGAAAGAGGUUUUCAGCCAGAAAGAGACCGUAAUAACUGAGAAAGAAGAACUUUAACAGUACAGAGAGAAAAGUCCUGAGGAUUGUGAGGAAUGUUUCCUGGAAGGAGUUCGUUAUGAGAAUGAAUCAACUCAACUGAGCACAGAGCUGAACCAAAAAUAAAUAAAGAAUUCAGCAUCAAUU